AUGGUGGCUGAAUUGAUUGCAGAAGAAAGCUACGGAGAAGAAUCGCUUAGAGCUCAGUAUUUGAUUUCUUCAGAAACAGGACAGUUGAAAAAGGAACGAUUGUAUGAAAAUAGCGGUUUCACAUCCAUUAAUAAGUUUAUUAAGGUAAAAUAUAGUAAAACACAAUUAUUUAUUCUGUCUAGUACAAAGUACAAACAAUGGCCAAUGGGGAAGCUUUGCAGCUUAAUGGGUUUAUAUAAACGCUUCAAGAUGAUUUUUAUACUUGCCAAGGUCCAACUGACCUAUAUAUAUUUAAUAAUUAAUAGGAUGCAUUUCUACCACAAGGAUAUCCUAAGAGUGUUAGCAGUGAUUAUCUGGAAUACCAAAUAUGGGAUACAUGUCAGGUAGAGUAUAGCUGUAUCUGGGUGAUUUUCCUAAUCACCUAAUGUACCAUCGCAAAAUGAUGUCAGGAUUAAUAGGGUUAGGAGUUGUCCCUGAUUCCCCAACCUUCAUCCCAGGACCGCAGGUUCAAUUCCUGCCACAGUUACCUGUCACCUGUGUUAAUCAGCUAUCUUAUUAUAAAAUAAUGUUUUCUGUCUGCCCAGGCAUUUUGUUCCUCUAUAGUAGCAGCGCUGGCAGCGCAGGCCAUGUUAAAAGCGUAUGGUGUCGGUGAUGAAAAGGCAACAGUUCUUGCAGCCACAUUUACCUGGCUUUUAAAAGGUAUCUCGAGAAUAUUCUCUGGAGUGUGCCCCCACUUCUCCUAAAUGUAAUUCGAUCCUCCUCAGGACAAUCAACCCCCAGUAAAUUUUCACAAAUAAAUUGUCCCCCACUUCAAAAAAUCUCCCCCUUCCCCCUGGAAAAUUGCACCCACUCUACGUUUUGUGUCUGAUCUAUAUAGAUGGAGCUGGAAUGGUGGGAAGGAUAGUUUUUACAUGGCUUAAAGGGUUUGUUAUUUUACCUUUGUUAAUAUCUGUAGUCAUUUUCAAUAGUCCUGUCAUUACCAAAGGGAUGGGAUGGGGGAGGGGUACAAAUGGGUACAAGGAGAUGUGUGCCAUUUUCCUUAUCAUGCAAAUUCAUAUUUAUUUGGAAAGGCAAUAUCUUGGGACCUUGCCAGGAGGAGGUUUUGUCCAGUUUCCUAAUUAAAAAGUUAAACUAUUCUCUGUUUUUAAGGACUGAACUGGACUGUCAUGCCAAGAAAUGGAGGUGGUGUAAAAAUACUUGGUGGUAUAAUUUUGAUGCCCUCAAAUGUUCAACCAUGAUACUUAGGAUAUCAUUUUAUUUCCAGACUAGCAGCAGAUGUUAUCAAUGAUCUUACUUAUUGUAUUGAGUUGUUGGCUCCAAGAUUCAGAGAUUAUUUGCUCCUUUUUGCCUGCAUGUCCAGUAUAUGUAGGGUGAGUCCCGUUUAUGCCUGUAUUCUAAAAGCUCACUCCAGUGGUGCCAUGGGACCCAUGUUUUUUUUGGGGGGCAAGGGUAGGACUUUUCCAUAGAAAUAUUAGACCUAGAAUGCGUGCUUGGUCACGUGACCGGUGUCCAAACUGAAAACAAAAAUGCCCUUAUAAAUCCGCCAUGUUGAAUUUGAGUAGGAGUGCAAACUGCAAAGUAUAAACAAAACUAAAACUAUAAAGUUUUCAUCGUCAAAACGUUUGGUAUUUGUAGUUUGGGGAUAGAAUUUGAAAUAUUAAGUUCUUUAAGGGCUCAAAGCAAAUGUGCCGUUACAAAAACGGUGAAAAUCGUGCAGCCUUGUAUAAAAAACAAGUAGAUUUUCGUGUAGUUUCGCGUAUAAAAUAUAACUUACUCAUAAAACAUUUUUGCAAGCUCUGAACGUAAAUGUUUUGCUAAUACUUUAUAAAAUUACGAGAUGAUAGUUCAUUCUUCGUUGGGUUUUGUUUUUCUUCAAUCUAAACAAAGUGUUUUCAUGUUUUUGAAACAAAAAUAUUUAGUUGUUGAUAUUUAAAACUGUAAAUCGCCUAAAUGAUCGUCGAAAACAUAUAUAUGGUUUCAAAAGCGUUGCCUCAAGCUCAAGCAACGUAUAAAAAAGUAUAAAAAGUAGUUGUGUAAGUUUAAAAAGAUUAUUGAACUCUAUUUAUAUUAUAAAACAGUUGAAAUAUAUUUUUUAAAACAUACCUAUUGAGUUUCAGUUUGUCUUGAUUUUUCGUGUUUUGUUUUGGCUUGCACAACAACGUUGAAAAUGUAUUUUGAAACGACGAUUUCUCUAUAUAUUCUGUUCAGAACUAUUGCUCUUCGUAAAAAAACCCACGGGAAUGGGUUUUUCUCCAUUAAAAACACUUUUUUUCCACUUCAAGUCUGGAUAGAAUUGUUUUUGCAAACUUUGUUGAAAAAAACAAUUCGCACUCCCGGCACCGCGCGAAAUUCCACGCCACAGGAGUCUGGGACUAGCCAAAAUGCCCUUAUAAAUCCGCCAUUUUGUGGAGACAAAAUUUUUACUGAGAAGAGAUAGGAGCACGCAUUCUAUGUCUAUUAUUUCUAUGGACUUUUCCGACCAAAAAAUCCCCCGGACAACAACACUUUAAAUCUCCCCCCCUUUGUAAAAAAUUUUCCGGAAAAUAAUGUUACAAUUGCUUUCGUAGCACUUUACCCGAUUUCCAUAGCACAAUUUUCCGAUGGGUCUCAACAGUAGGCUCACUCACACUCAAAGAGUGGAACAAUGCUGUUUUUGAAUAGCUGGAGGGUGAGUAGUCACAUAGUGAGGUACGACACUAACCCUCCAGCUAUUAAAAAACAGCAAUGAGCUUUUAGGAUAUGGGCAUUAGCCUUUCUCAUGCAUGAGGGUCAUAUCUGCCAUUUUGGGGUACUGUCUUCACACAUAAUGAAUCUAGAUGAUUAUAACAAUGUGAAUUUUUAUCACUGUAAAUAUACCAUUAUACACACAUUAACAGUGAUAAAAGUUGCAUUUUGCAGUGUGCACACUCUUGGACAGAGCUGAUUUGAGAGUUGUCAACCAAUAAAAAUAAUUUCAUGUUGUUUCAGUCUCUGGUUGGUGUAUGUGGUGGUGCAACGCGGGCGGCUUUGACACAACAUCAAGCAAGAAGAGACAACAUGGCGGACGUGUCGGCAAAGGAUGGAAGUCAGGUUUAAAACUUUCUAUAAUUUGAUGAAUGUCACUAGCAUGCAGCAAAUACUGUUAAAUGAACUUUUGUGAUGCAUUAUAGGAGACCAUGGUUAAUCUUCUUGCAUUUUUGGUUAAUCUUGUUCUUGUACCAUUGGUUACUGGUCGAGAACGGUAGGUUUUCAUUGGACUAUAUAAACUAAAUUAUUUUGUUUAGUUGGUUAGCUUUUUUGGUUCUAAACUGUUCUCCCUAGAGAUCCAGUAGGAGUCAUCUCUUAUUGAUGCAGUGUUACUAUAGGUGGAAACCUAAACUAAACUAACUUUAUUUAUACUUGGAUAGCUCUAUCAGUUCUAAACUGUUCUCCCUAGAGAUCCAGUAAGAGUAAUCUUUUACUGAUCCAGUAUUACUACAGGAGUAUCUUAAACUAAACUAACUUUAUUUAUACUUGGACAGCUCCAUCAGUUUUUUCUCUAUGAAUUUUUUCUCCAUGUCAUAUCUUUUCUUCUUCUCAUAGGAUAAUCUGGUUAUUAUUUCUUGUGUUUACCACUCUUCAUUUAUACUGCAACUUUCGGGCAGUUUCAUCUGUCGUCAUGGAAACUGUUAAUUCAUCACGUAUGCGCUUACUGGUUGAUCAUUUUAUCAACGAUGGACUAGUACUUAGUCCUCAAGAAAUUUCUGCAAUUGAACCCAUAUUGACAAGUACGAACAGUAUAAUAUACUUUUGCAUAGAGGUCUUAAAAUAGAUAGUGGUUCGUUUCUAUUCAGCAAAUUGCACAUGCUGCUUUUGAAACCCAUGGGCUGAGGCAGCACCUACCCUGCGAUAGUAACUUCUAGUAUACUUUUGUAUAGAGGUCCUAAAACAGAUAGUGGUUCGUUUCUAUCCACAAUUGGAAAUUUCAAGUCGCUCACAUAUAUAAUAUAAUUUUAUGUUUUCUACACUCGCACAGAUAGUUCAAGCCCUGUAUAGACUAUUUCACAAAAUAAAACAUAGAAUCUAUUUAAACUUACAAUAUUAGAUAGACAAUGACCUAAGUCCUAAAACUAUGUUACAUUAAAUGUACUAUAAAACUACACGAUAAAAUCAGAAAUUAGGUUUCUUGCAUUCUAAUCUUAACUAUUUAAGAUUUCAUUUUCUUUUCAUUAUUUCAGAAUGCCACAAGAGUCUUGAUGUUAACUUGGGAUGCCCGUUAAGUAACGUCAUAUCAAGGUAAAAUAUUUGUAUUAAAUCAAUAAGAUUUGCUUUAGACGAUGAAAUAUUGCCCUUACAUUAAAAAUUCCUCGUAAACUAAGAUUUUUUCAUGCAUUCUUUGAUCAUAUAGCUCAAACGACUUUUUUGCAGCUCUACCAAACUCAAAGGAAAUACAUUACAUAAUGAAGUUAGAAAUUUCAAAGAAUUUUAAAUCAGGUAAUUUUUGUCAUUCAGCGUGCGAUAAUCGCGUACCGACGUACGGCCAUUUUGGGGGGUACUGCCUCUCCCCCGUUUGAGAGUCUCCGCACCAUGAAAUACAACUUUUUAGUAUUAUAGUUGUUUGUAUAAUGGUAAAUUUACAGUUACAACUUUUAAAAGUCGCUUUUCACGUUGUUUGAAUUGUCUAGAAUCUUUCACGAGGGCAGACAGUACCGCAAAAAAUAGCGUAACAAGUUUGAUGGCAUUAUCAGACUUGUUACAAGGUUGUUCUAACAGGUCUGAUACAGUCAUGAUAUAACAAAUGUAUAACAUAAUGUGUUGUAAAUAAUGUAAUGUUAUUUUGUAAUUUUUUUUAUAUAUACAUAUUAUUAGGGACCCUGUAAAUGCAGCAAUAAGCUCUGUAGGGUUAACCUGUCAUUUAUGACUAAGUUUGUAAAAACAAAAAAAAACAAGAAUGUUACAAGGUUGACGACACAAGGUUGUAACAAUAUUGUUAUAUCAUGACUGUAUUGGACGUGUUGGAACAACCUUGCAACAAGUCUGAUAAUAUCGACCAGGUUGUUACAAGUUGUUAAUAGCUUGUUCCAAACUUGUUGACAAACUUGUUGGGACAAGCAGUACGAACACAACUUGUUGAUGGCUUGUUGGUAGACUUACUACAAGAUGUGACAUUUUUACGUGUGUACGCCUCUGGCAAGAUCCAUAUUAUGUUUCCCCUAAAACAUUUCACUUUCUGUUCAGGUUGUGUAAAUGUAGCUCUGCAUAGAAAUAUUGAUUCAGAAAGUUUACUCCAAUGUUAUUUUCAAAUCGCCAUCAUGGAUCUCGUUAUAAGAAGCCCACGACUUCGGACGAAGGUAAAAAAACUUUUUCCAGGCGAUCUAAACUAACGGAACCGGAGUGAAUGACUUCUCUGUGAAAUGGAUCUGCUAAGCGAGAUUAACACUUUUAAGAGCGAGUACAUUAAGCUACAUCACAAUUCUAAAAAGACAUGCGUAUUUGAUACGUUUAUGAAUAAAGAGCCCAAGUCAUAUAAGCCUUCUGAUUUCUAUUUGGGCUACCUUGCCACUAUUUAUAUACUUUAAUGUUUUUGUUGUUGUGUGUUUUUUUUCGAUUGUAAUGUUUCUAAAUUGUGGUAAAUAAAUUGACUUGACUUGAUCCAACAUCUUUUACCGUUUUGCCUUCUAAGUGCACAUUUUCUCUCCCAUAUCAUGUGGAGAUUGAGGUUUUGUUGAGUUAUAUUAGUUGAGUUGUUAAGACUAUUCUUAAGAAAGGCACUGCUGCACUUUGCGUUGGUGAGACAUCUCGGAAACCCGGGAUGAGAAUUAACAUUAUGUUCUUACUUUUUGUAUCUGUAGGGUGCAACUGAAGAUGAAAUGAGUGAAUUGGCUCUUAAUAAUUUAUGUCACUUGUGGCAACAAAUUUAUAACGGUUAGCGUCAAAACCAAACUAACUUUAUAUAUACUGAAUAGGUCUAUUAGUUCUAACUGUUCUUCCUAGAGGUCCAGUAAGAAUCAUUCCUUCUUGAUCCAGUGUUACUACAGGAAGAAACCUAAACUAAACUAACUUUAUUUAUACUGGAUAGCUCUAUCAGUUCUAAACUGUUCUUCCUAGAGGUCCAGUAAGGAUCAUCUCUUAUUGACCCAGUGUUACUACAGGAGGAAACCUAAACUAAACUAACUUUAUUUAUACUGGAUAGUUCUAUUAGUUCUAAACUGUUCUUCCCUAUAGAGUUUCAGUAAGGGCCAUCCCUUGUAGAUCCAGUGUUACUAUUGAACGAAGAAAAUCGGAGUACAAAGAGAAACCUGUGGUAUUUUGUAGAGUCAAACUGGAAGCAUUCUUCUCACAUGCGACUGAGGUGAAAUUAUAAUCAGACAACUGUCACAACUGCAUAUUACAGGAAUCAAACCCUGGUCAAAGACGUGAAACGAUUCAAUUUUAUUCUUUCUUAUUUAUAGCAAGAGAGUUGCCAGCUAGAGCAUCAUGGGAUGUAGUGGCGUACGCGCAUAAUUUCACGCUAAAAGUCUUCCCAGCAUUCCUGAAGGGACUGGAGUCACGUGGGUGGGAGACAUCAAGGAAUCACUUGGGACCAGACGAGUGGAGAGCGGACUGGAAUCUAUCCAGACCUGGCUAUGAAAUAAGCAGAAAUAAACAACUGUAA